AAACUCCGCCUCUUGAGAUGUUUGAGAAAAAAGGUUUGUUAUGAGAAGACGGCAGCAGUGGACACUGGAAUUAGCGCCAAAGCGAACAACACCUCAAGGAGCAGGAUGCUGAGAGAUCGUCUCACUUUAACACUUGUCAGUCUUCUUAGCGCUUCACUGCUGGCUGAUGGCGCUAACACACGACUCACUGGUGGCAGUCACUCCUGCUCUGGUAGAGUGGAAGUAUAUUAUAAUAGCCAGUGGGGAACAGUGUGUGAUGACGACUGGGACAUGAAUGAUGCGCGGGUGGUGUGUCGACAGUUUGGAUGUGGUAAUGCUGUCACUGCUCAUCAAGGUGCACACUUUGGUCAGGGAAGUGGCCCAAUAUGGCUGGAUAAUGUUCAGUGUUCUGGAAGUGAAAGCAGCAUCACACAGUGCCCUCAUAAUGGAUUCGGAUCACACAACUGUAACCAUGGUGAAGAUGCUGGUGUUACUUGCUCAGGAGGUAAUCCAGUCAGGCUGGUGAAUGGACCGAGUAUCUGUUGUGGUCGAGUGGAGAUCCAGCACAAUAGGCGUUGGGGAACAGUGUGUGAUGAUUACUGGGACUUAAAGGAUGCAGAGGUGGUGUGUAGACAGCUUGGAUGUGGUAAAGCCGUCAGCGCUCCUCGUGGUGCACGCUUUGGUCAGGGACGUGAACCGACCUGGCUGGAUGAUGUUCAGUGUACUGGAACUGAGAGCUACAUAGAUCGCUGCUCACACCGUGGAUUUGGAAAGGAGAACUGUGGACAUGGGGAAGAUGCUGGAGUCGUAUGCUCAAACUUGCAGGCUCCCACAUUGACUCGGAUCUCCCCAAACUCUGUGGUCUCACCUGGAGAAGUCCUUCAGUUCAGAUGUACCACACCCAGCCCAAUGCGCAUCUCUGUAGACUUCAGUCUAUAUAAAACCGGGACAUUAAUAAAAAACCAAACUGCAGAGUCCACAGCAACAUUUAGACUGACUGUAGAUGCCUCACAUCAGGGUCAGUACACCUGUGACUACUCAUACAGGGAAAGUAACUCCAUAUCAUCCAGGAGCAGCUCCAUUCCCAUCACUGUGGGUAAGUUCAGAGAGGAUAUUACAACCCCGAUUCCAAAAAAGUUGGGACAAAGUACAAAUUGUAAAUAAAAACGUAAUGCAAUAAUUUACAAAUCUCAAAAACUGAUAUUGUAUUCACAAUAGAACAUAGACAACAUAUCAAAUGUCGAAAGUGAGACAUUUUGAAAUUUCAUGCCAAAUAUUGGCUCAUUUGAAAUUUCAGGACAGCAACACAUCUCAAAAAAGUUGGGACAGGGGCAAUAAGAGGCUGGAAAAGUUAAAGGUACAAAAAAGGACAGCUGGAGGACCAAAUUGCAACUCAUUAGGUCAAUUGGCAAUAGGUCAUUAACAUGACUGGGUAUAAAAAGAGCAUCUUGGAGUGGCAGCGGCUCUCAGAAGUAAAGAUGGGAAGAGAAUCACCAAUCCCCCUAAUUCUGCGCCGACAAAUAGUGGAGCAAUAUCAGAAAGGAGUUCGACAGUGUAAAAUUGCAAAAAGUUUGAACAUAUCAUCAUCUACAGUGCAUAAUAUCAUCAAAAGAUUCAGAGAAUCUGGAAGAAUCUUUGUGCGUAAGGGUCAAGGCUGGAAAACCAUACCGGGUGCCCGUGAUCUUCGGGCCCUUAGACGGCACUGCAUCACAUACAGGCAUGCUUCUGUAUUGGAAAUCACAAAAUGGGCUCAGGAAUAUUUCCAGAGAACAUUAUCUGUGAACACAAUUCACCGUGCCAUCCGCCGUUGCCAGCUAAAACUCUAUAGUUCAAAGAAGAAGCCGUAUCUAAACAUGAUCCAGAAGCGCAGACGUCUUCUCUGGGCCAACGCUCAUUUAAAAUGGACUGUAGGCAAAGUGGAAAACUGUUCUGUGGUCAGACGAAUCAAAAUUUGAAGUUCUUUAUGGAAAUCAGGGACCCCGUGUCAUUCAGACUAAAGAGGAGAAGGACGACCCAAGUUGUUAUCAGCAAUCAGUUCAGAAGCCUGCAUCUCUGAUGGUAUGGGGUUGCAUUAGUGCGUGUGGCAUGGGCAGCUUACACAUCUGGAAAGACACCAUCAAUGCUGAAAGGUAUAUCCAGGUUCUAGAGCAACAUAUGCUCCCAUCCAGACGACGUCUCUUUCAGGGAAGACCUUGCAUUUUCCAACAUGACAAUGCCAAACCACAUACUGCAGCAAUUACAGCAUCACGGCUGCGUAGAAGAAGGGUCCGGGUACUGAACUGGCCAGCCUGCAGUCCAGAUCUUUCACCCAUAGAAAACAUUUGGCACAUCAUAAAACGGAAGAUGACAAAAAAGACCUUUAA